AUGUCGCAGCUAACGCUCCACACAUCUCCAUACUCGGAGAAUCCGUACGCCUGGGAUGUUCCUGAUGAGAGUGGGGACUUUGCGACGGAAGCACACGAUGAACUGGGAAGACUAUCGACCGUUUUUCUCAUCAAUGAUAUUGUGACUUCCACAGUCGGUGGUGUCCUAUCAUGUUUGCUUUUAUAUCUGGUGUUGUAUCGAACAACCGGACCUCUAAAGCAAUAUCGCCAAAUGCUGUUAAUUUGCUGCUUGACAGACACGGUUUAUUGGUUGGUGGAUAACUCGAUGUGGAUGGUAAGACCGAUAACUUGAAUUAAAAACUUUGCUUGCAGAAACUCAAGCAGAAAGAUGGGGUGUUCAUGCUGAAAAUGGAAGGAAUUGGAGGUCUCAUGCGCUGGCCCUAUCGAGUUUUUCUUGUCGCAUUUUAUGUGUGGGUGUUAUGCUUCGUGAAUGUAAUCUUGCCAGUUCAACUCUACUUUCGGUAUUAUUCUUUAGUCAAGUAAGCAAAAGCGUACGAAGUUACUAAACUAAUUUUCCGACAUUGCCAAAUAUUCAAUAAAUUUCAGAAACCGCAUUCUGUCUGGCACCAGAACGAUUGGUUUGUGCGCAGUGGCUGCAUUGGUCACUUUCCCUGUCUUUGCUUGCACUUACUUGAGCUUUGGCUGGUCCUCCAAAGAGCAGCCUGGUUUCAAUUAUGGAACUCUAUGGUUUAAAGAAUUCCCAAUGCCACAGCUUUUGUUUGGCGAUGCUGUAAGUUUACCUGCCUUCAAUUAAAAAUCAAUCUAAAGGAUACCAUUAUUCUUUAUUUCUUUCAGAGGUCACCUUACCAAAAAGGAUUUUUGUACAUUGGAGGUGGAGUUAUUACCGCAUCGUAUGUUUUGGUGAUGUUUAUUGGCUAUCGGACACUACAAAGAAUACGAAACAUGAAUGACUCCUAUUCAGAAAAGACACGAAGAUUGCAAAGACAGCUUACUAAUUUCAUGAUUGUACAGGUGAGCUAAGGCCUUAUCGCCUACAGUAAUUUCUAAAGUUAGGGAAAGACUUGACCCACUAUUUUGCUCUGAGUCAACUGUUCCUUUCUCCAUCCAAUUUCUGAUUUUAUCAAUGUAUUUUUUUUAGGCAGUAAUACCAAUGUUCACCUCUGUCCUUCCUGUCAUGGUAAUUGUCAGUCCAUCCCUAUAUUACACGGAAGAUGACCGUCUUUGCUUAUACAGUGUCAUCUUAAUCAGUUGGAUUCCGGUCAUCAAUCCGAUAAUCACAAUCGUAGUGAUUGUCCCAUUCCGCAGGAUUGUGUUUAGAGCGGUUACAUCGAAGAUUAGUACUGUCCAUACGCUGUCGGAUACGUCAACGAUCCGUCAUCAAAGCGCACCAGAAAAUAUGAUAAUCUAA